UAGGUCACACACGCCCACACCAAAGCGCCAAUUUCAAUCAAGAUAGAUAAGGUUUCUUCUUCCUAAUCUUCUCUUCUCUACAGUACUCUCUUUCACCGAGACACUCGCAAUCGUGUGGUUCAUACUCUCAAACCUGCCACUCUCUUUAUCUUGCUGCGAUACUGCUCCAGAGAAAGAGAGAGGAGAGAGAGUGUAUUGAAAGAAUCCUUAAUAAACCCUAACUAAAGCCAUGACUGCUCUUCAAGCUUCUCUCCUCUGCAAACCUUCACUCUCUCACCUAUAUUCCUCCUCUAAGCACCUUCAACUUCCUCUCUCUACUACUCACCGCCGCUCUAUUUCUCUCUCUUCACUCCAUUCAACUUCUCGAUUGCGCCGCCACCGCCUUGUUUCCAAUUCUACAUUGCAUCCUGACAAUCUCAAUUCAACCUCCGAUUCCACUUUUUCCGAUAACAACUUCAUUCGCAAUGAUUUUGCAGGCGAGGAUGCGAGAAUUGAAUCGGAAGUGGCAGUUUCUGAGGUUGAAAGUGAGACGGGAUCGGAGAGUUCAUUGGGGAAAGGAGAUGAGAAGAGUAGGCUGCCAGUGGUGGUAUUUUUUGUGGGUUUGUUGGGGAGUGCAAGGCUGGGAUUAGAGAAGGUCUUGUUGUCGGAUUGGUUCAAUUGGUGGCCUUUUUGGCGCCAAGGGAAGCGGUUGGAAAUGUUGAUUGCUGAUGCAGAUGCAAACCCAAUGGACGCAGCAAAGCAGAGUGCUUUGUUGGCCGAACUCAAUAAGCAUAGUCCUGAUGCUGUCAUCCGGCGAUUUGAGCAAAGGGAUCAUGCAGUAGAUAGCAGAGGGGUUGCAGAAUAUAUUCGGGCUCUUGUGGCCACUAAUGCUAUUGCUGAAUAUCUUCCAGAUGAGCAAUCUGGCAAGCCUUCUAGUCUUCCUACGUUGUUGCAAGAGUUGAAGCAGCGUGCAUCAGGGAACAUGGAUGAACCAUUUCUGAGUCCUGGUGUAUCUGAGAAGCAGCCAUUGCACGUGGUGAUGGUUGACCCUAAAGUGUCAAAUAGAUCAUCACGCUUUGCUCAAGAGCUCGUCUCAACAAUCUUGUUCACUGUUGCUGUUGGUUUAGUGUGGGUAAUGGGUGCUGCUGCACUUCAGAAGUAUAUUGGUAGCUUGGGUGGGAUAGGAACUUCAGGUGUGGGCUCAAGUUCUUCCUAUGCCCCGAAGGAGCUGAAUAAAGAGAUUAUGCCUGAGAAGAAUGUUAAAACAUUUAAGGAUGUCAAAGGCUGUGAUGAUGCUAAACAAGAGCUUGAGGAGGUGGUGGAGUACCUCAAAAACCCAACAAAGUUUACACGACUUGGGGGGAAGUUGCCUAAGGGAAUUCUUUUGACUGGAGCACCUGGAACAGGCAAAACUCUCCUUGCUAAGGCUAUUGCUGGAGAAGCUGGGGUACCUUUCUUUUACAGAGCAGGUUCUGAAUUUGAGGAGAU